CUCAGCCCGGCCCCCAAGGCGGGACAGGGGGGAAAAGAACCGGGCAACCCCCCCAGAGCCCGCCGGGCACCCUCCGCUACCUUCGGGCCUUGGGGGGGCUCGUUGGGAGCCCCCCGAGGCCGCGGCAGCCGCCGGGGCCGGGGAUGGUGGCGGGGGCGGCCGGAGCGGGGCGGCGGCUCCGGGAGCCCUGACAGAGCCUCCACCAUGAGCGUGAGGCCUCCGCAGGCCCAGGACAGGUUGAGCAGCCUCUCCUCUUCCCUGGAUUCCCCCUCGGAGCGGCGGCACCAGCGGCGACCCUCGGAUUCCUCGGAAUCCACAGGUCUGGUCCAGCGCUGUGUGAUCAUCCAGCGGGACCAGCAUGGCUUCGGCUUCACCGUCAGCGGCGACCGCGUUGUGCUCGUGCAGUCCGUGCGGCCAGGUGGGGCCGCCAUGAGGGCCGGGCUGCAGGAGGGCGACCGCAUCGUCAAGGUGAACGGGACCAUGGUGAGCAACAGCUCCCACCUGGAAGUGGUGAAGUUGAUCAAGUCCGGUGCCUACGUGGCCCUGACCCUGCUGGGAUCCCCCCCCGGAUCCGUGGGAAUUCCGGGAUCCCGGCAGGAGCCGGAACCCUCAGGAUCUCCCCAAGGGCCCCCCCAGCUCAUCACCGAGCCCAGGCCCCUCCAGGAUGCGGAGCUGCAGCGUCACGCCGCUCAGAUCCUGCGCCGGAUGCUGCGCCAGGAGGAGGCCGAGCUCCAGCGUUUCCAGGAGCUGCGGCUGCGGAAUCCGGGCGCGGCCGUGGAGGAGCAGCUGGAGGGAGCCCGGCGCCGCCUGAGCCAACUGCAGCUGAAAAUCCUGCAGGAAUCCCAGGGAUCCGCGGAUUUGGGGCCGCUGGAGCCGUUCCCGGGGUCGGGCUCGGGGUCCCCGCGGCUCCGGGGUCGCUUUUCCCGGGAUUCCCAGGACGGGGAGGAGGGGCCGGAAUCCGGCCCCGAGCGGAUCCCGAACCUCGGAGAGGCUCAGAAUUCCGGAUUUUCCCAACCCGGCAGCCCCCGGAGCUCCCCCGAGCUCGGCUCCCGCCUCGGCCACAUCCAGGGAUCGGAGCGGCCGCGGAUCAUCGGCCCCGAGGAGGAGGAAGAGGAGGAGGACGAAGGAGACGAGGUGGAUUCCGUGUUCCGGGACCUGCGGCUGCUCCGAUCCCGCCCGGCUCAUCUCGGGGUUUUCCUGCGCUUCCUCUUCUCCCAGGCCGACCCCACCCCCCUGCUUUUCCACCUGUGCUCGGAGCUCUGGUGCCGCCAGGGCGAUCCCGGAGAUUCCCGAGCCUUGGGAAGAGACGUCUGGAGCCUCUUCCUGGACAGGAGCGCCCCCCUCCGUGUGAAGCUCCCGGAGCAGCUCCUGGCCGAGCUCGAAUUUCGCCUCCGGAGCGGCGACGACUUCCGGCCUCUCCUGCUGGAAGCUCAGGAAUUCGUUAUCCCGGAAAUCCAGGAGCAGCUCCAGGAUUACAGGAAGAAGCGCACGCUGGGGCUGGGCGCUCUCUACGGGGAGCAGGAGCUGCGGGAGCUGCGGAAUUCCGGGAAUUCCGGGAAUUGCGGGAAUUCCCGGCGGGAUCCGGGGGAUCCGUGGGAUCCGCGGGAGCGAGCGGCGGCCGAGCGGCAGCUGGGGCAGCUCUGGGAGAUCCUGUCCAAGUACGAGGAGGAGCGAAGCUCUCCCUUGGCCUUCGCCCUCGGAAUCUUCGCUGCCCACGCCGGGAUCCAGCCCCGGGAAUUCCGAGAAUUCCGGGAAUUUCGGGAAUUCCGGGAAUUCCGCAGCCCGGGAGCCUCCGAGAAAAUCCCGGAUAAGGAGAAGUGGCUUCCCUUCUUCCCCAAGGCCAAAAAGAGCAGCUCCAGGAAGGAGAAGGAGCAGAGGCAGAAUCCGAUCCUGAAAUACAUCGGGAAACCCCGGAGCGGCUCCCAGAGCGCAUUUUCCGUCUCCCUGUCCCCCGGGGAAGCGCUGCGCCCGGGGAACGUUCGGAGCAUGAUCCAACACUUCGAGGGCGGAGCCGAAACCGAUCCCGGAGCCUCCGGAACCUUCCAGGAGCCGCCCCUCGCUCCCAGCUCCCGCUCCGGGGUCCGGCUGGGUCGCUCGGAGAGCCUGAAGGGCCGGGAGGAGCUGCGGCGCUGCCGGCGGCGCCCGGAGCCGGUGCCGCGAUCGCGCAGCGACGCCGACGUGGACGGGAGCGGCUCCGAGACCCCCCGGCUGCACUCGGCCUCCUCAUCCUCGGCCUCCAGCCUCUCCAACAGAUCCCUGGAAAAUCCAACCCCUCCCUACACACCAAAGAUGGGGCGCAGGAGCCUGGAUUCCCCCAUCCCGGCCGAUCCGUUCCUCCCUCACCUCCUGGAGGAUGAGCAGGGCCCCGUUCCCGACCUGGAUCCGGAUCCCCAAUCCCAAAACAAUUCCCAGGACAAUUCCCAGCCCUGCUGGGAUGGGAAUUCCCGGAAUUCCCGGAAUUCCCAGCAGAAUUCCCAGAGCUGGCAGCACUCGGUGAGCCGGGAGCUCGUGGCCAACCUCUCCCAGCGGGAGCUGGAUCGGCAGGAGGUCAUCAACGAGCUGAUGGUGACAGAGCUGUCCCACCUGUGCCUGCUGCGGGCUCUCCAUGUUCUGUUCUAUCAGCGCCUGAGGCGGGAGCAGCUGCUGAGCCCCCACGAGCUGGGGCUGCUCUUCCCCAACCUGCCCGAGCUCAUCGCUGUGCACAAUUCCCUCUGGGAAUCCAUGAAAAAACUCCGGGAUCGGGGUCCCCUCAUCCAGGAAAUCGGCGACGUUUUGCUGGCCCGGUUUGAGGGAGAUUCCAAGGAGGAAUUCCAGAGGGUGGCCGCCACUUUCUGCUGCUCCCAAUCCGUGGCGCUGGAGCUGAUCCGAACCAAGCAGCGCAAGGAGAGCAGAUUCCAGCUUUUCAUCCAGGAGGCCGAGAGCCACCCCCAGUGCCGGCGGCUGCAGCUGAAGGAUUUGUUGGUGGCGGAGACGCAGCGGCUCAGCAAAUACCCCCUGCUGCUGGAGAGCCUGAUCCGACUGAGCAACGCGGGUUCCCCGGAGCGUGAGAAGCUGUUCCGUGCCCUGGAUCAGAGCCGUUCCGUGCUGCGCUUUGUGAACGAGGCCGUGCGCGGGGCCGAGAAUCGCCGGCGCCUCCGGGAGCACCAGCGGCGCCUGGACAGCUCCGCCCUGGAGCGCAGCUCCAACCCCCUGGCCCAGCAGUUCCGGAACCUGGACCUGACCUCGCACCGGAUGAUCCACGAGGGGCCCCUGGCCUGGCGCGUGGGCAAGGACAAGAGCGUGGAGCUGCACGUGCUGCUGCUGGAGGAGCUGCUGGUGCUGCUGCAGCGCCAGGACGAGCGGUGGCUGCUGCGCUGCCACAGCCGCGACGGCAAACACGGCUUCAGCCCCGUGCUGCGCCUCAGCUCCCUCCUGGUGCGCUCCGUGGCCACGGACAAGCGAGCCCUCUUCAUCAUCUGCACCUCGGAGCUGGGACCACAAAUCUACGAACUGGUGGCGCUGACGCCCUCGGAGAGGAACACCUGGUUGGAGCUGCUGGAGCGGGCGGUGCAGGCGGCCACCGGGAGCGGCCCCGGAGCAGCGGAACCGAUCCAGGGAGAGACGGGAGGAGAUUCCCGGCCGGCGCUGCCGGAGCCCGCGGGGACCCCGGAGCUGGGCCCGGGAACCGGAGCUGAGCCCGAGAACGGGGACGAGGAGGAGGAGGAGGAGGAGGAGGAGGAGGAUCGGGAUCAGGAUCGGGAUCAAGACCAGGAUCAGGAUCAGGAUCGGGAUCAGGAUGAGGAUGAGGAGGAUGAGGCCGAGGAUCCCUGCUCAGCCGUCCCCGAUGAUCCCUGGGGCAGAUCCCGACCAUCGGAGCUGGGCGGGGCCGGGAUCCCGGGAAUCCCCAAAUCCCCGGGAAGCGCCGGAGGAGUGGCCCAGGCGGCGCUGGAGGACGUGGAGACCCUGCGGCUCCUGAUUGUCCGGAGGCUCCGGCCGGGCCGGGAUCCCCAUCCCGACGAUGACGACGUCACCCCCACGCCCUCGCUGGCCGGAAGGGAAUUCCCCAUUUCCAGACGGGAAUUCCCAAAGUCCAGUCAAGAAUUCCCAAUUUCCAGCCGGGAAUUCCCAAUUUCCAGCGGGGAUUCAGGAAUGUCCAGCCGGGAUUCAGCCGUGUCCAGCCGGGAAUUCCCAAUGUCCAGCCAGGAAUUCCCGAAGUCCAGUUGGGAUUUGGGAAUGUCCAGCCGGGAAUUCCCAAUUUCCAGCUGGGAAUUCCCAAAGUCCAGUCAAGAAUUCCCAAAGUCCAGUCAGGAAUUCCCAAAAUCCAGCCGGGAAUUCCCAAUUUCCAGCCAGGAUUCAGCCACAUCCAGCCGGGAAUUCCCAAUUUCCAGUCAGGAAUUCCCAAUUUCCAGUCAAGAAUUCCCAGUUUCCAGUCAAGAAUUCCCGAUGUCCGGGCGGGAAUUCCCGAUGUCCGGCCGGGAAUUCCCAAAGUCCAGUCGGGAAUCCCGGGAAGAGCCGGAGCCCAAGGGGAUCCAAAUCAAGCGGAAAGCCCAGGAGGAGGGGCCUGAGGAGGCCACGCCCCCCGGCGGCUGCAGCCAAUCAGAGCCCGAGCUGCGGGAAGGAGGCGGAGCCAAAGCCGAGGGGAAUUUUUUCUACCUGAGCCUCCCCACGGGACCCCCCCGGCCUGGAGGGGACAUCGGGGACACCCCUGGGGACAUCGGGGACACCUCUGGGGACAUCAGGGACACCUCUGGGGACAUCGGGGACGUCUCUCAGGACAGCAGGGACACCUCUGGAGAUGUUGGGGACACCUCUGAGGACAUCAGGGACACCCCUGGGGACAUCGGGGACACCUCUGGGGACAUCGGGGACGUCUCUCAGGACAUCAAGGACAUCUCUGGGGACAUCGGGGACACCCCUGGGGACAUCGGGGACACCUCUGGGGACACGGAGCUGAUCCUGGGGACCCUGGAGGAGCUGAGGGGGAAACUCCUGAGGCUGAGGGCUCUGGAAGUCGCUCACCGGCAGCUGCUGCUCUCGCUGGGGGUGGCCGAUGCCACCAGAAACAACAACAACGUCACCAACAGUGUCACCAGUGUCACCAAGAGUGUCACCAGUGUCACCAACAGUGUCACCAAUGUCACCAAGAGUGUCCCCAAUGUCCCCAACAGUGUCCUCAGUGUCCCCAGUGUCCCCAACAACGUCCCCAACUGCCACAGCACCAUCCCCAGUGUCCCCAGUGUCCCCAGCCGUGUCCCCAGUGGUGUCCCCAGUGGUGUCCCCAGUGGUGUCCCCACUGUCCCCAGUGUCCCCAAGUGGGCCCAGCCACCCCCCGGCCCCCUCGUGACUUGGAGACUCGGUGACACUGCUGGACACGGUGACACUUCCGGACAUGGUGACACCCCCGGACACGGUGACAUUGCUGAACACGGUGACACCCCUGGACAUGGUGACACUGCCGGACACGGUGACACCACUGGACACGGCUCCGCCCACCUUUAACCCGGGAGAGGGGGGGGAGGGGCUGGAAUUUCCCUCCCCUCCCCCCCCAGGAAGGUUUUUCCAGGGAAUUCCCAAAUUCCUGGACAGAUGCACUUUGUUGGGAAUUCCCAAAUUUAUUUUUUUCCCGGGAAAAAAAAUUCCCAAAAUUCCUAUAAAUAUGUAAUAAACGCCCCUCCCCCACCCUGUAAAUAGCCCCUCCCC